UCAGCACUGAAAGCAGCACUGGUAUUAUGUCUUCCAGUUCUGCCUCUUGUGUGGUUUGCAUCUUGACCUCCAACCUUUAGCCUGCUGUUGGUGUCGAUAUAUUGGGUUUGAGUAUUUGAGCCGUGUUUCAGCACUAGGCCAGUGCAGCAGCAGGGAUGAACUGGUCGGGACUGCAGAAUCUGUUGAGCGGAGUCAAUAAAUACUCUACUGCGUUUGGGAGGAUCUGGCUGUCCAUUGUGUUUGUGUUCCGUAUCCUGGUGUUUGUGGUGGCAGCGCAGCCCGUCUGGGGUGAUGAGAGCAAAGACUUUGUGUGUAAUACUAAACAGCCUGGCUGUACCACCAUCUGCUAUGACCACAUCUUCCCCAUCUCCCACAUACGUCUGUGGGCGCUGCAGCUGAUUUUUGUCACCUGCCCAUCUCUGAUGGUGAUAGCUCAUGUUAAACACCGUGAAGGAAAGGACAGCAAAUAUGUGGAGCUGCACCAAGGCUCUCGCCUGUACGCCAACCCUGGCAAGAAGAGAGGGGGGCUAUGGUGGACUUAUCUGUUGAGUUUGGUCUUUAAAGCUGGAUUCGACACAUCAUUUCUUUACAUUCUGUAUCGGAUAUACCAUGGAUAUGACCUGCCCAGGUUAUCCAAGUGUUCACUGGAUCCAUGCCCGAACACCGUUGAUUGCUUCAUUAGUCGUCCAACAGAGAAAAAGAUCUUCACGUUGUUCAUGGUCAUAUCCAGUGCGCUGUGCAUCUUCAUGUGUAUCUGCGAGAUGAUUUAUCUCAUGUGCAAGCGCAUGACCAAAUCGUUAUGGGUCCACUAUGAAAAUGAGAGGUUCCUAUAUGCUGAGCAGCAUGAGCUCACCAAAAUAACCCCACCCAGGUAUCGGAAGACUGAUCCAACAUUGACAGAGAGCCAGAUGGGUUUAAACAGGAGGGAGAAGGCCAAAGACUCUAAUUUAAGUACAACCCUGUAGGACUCGGGUCAAUUGACUGCUAGUUGUGUAUGAUGGAGUAGAGUCUUACUUCUGUAACUUUUACUUCUAAACUCUAAAAUCUAAACUCCAUAAUUUCACUUUAACUCGCCACCAAGUGGGCAAUAUUGUAAGUCUGAGCCACAUAUCACUGACAUGACCACAACCAGACCAUCCAAAUAAAAUAAUAGGGAACAAACCGCCAAAUCGGAACCAGCCGGAGAAGCUAGCAACAAAUUCAACAUGGCGACUGUAGCUAGCCUCCUGGAAGAACACCAAAAAGCUCUCUCCACUAACUUCUAGAUAUCUUGACACUCUAAGCAAAGCUAGACUCCAUUCUACAGUGUCAAACCAUGUUCAGAAGAUUGCUCCACUCAUGUUCAACACCAACCGACAGGACAAGUGUAUACUAGCUCUGGGAACAUCAUAUACUAUGCUAAUAUAAAGCAAUGUUAAACUGCCAAACCAAAAUAACGGCCCUACAUGAGUCCAUUGAGGGUCCUCUUCCUUCUACUGUUUUUGAGCUACUGGAAGAGGUUCUUGGCGAUGGCGUCUUCGAUUUGCCACCGUAGUGAGAUAGGGCUCAUCAGACACUUUCUGAUAAACCAAGGAUGCCUAUUACUGACUGACUGACUGCUGGAAUAGCUAAGCUAAUGUCCUCUAACCUAACUGUUCCACAUAAGCCUGCUGAGGUUGCAUUGCAGACUGUGGUGGUCCUCAUUCUCGUGCUGGCAACCAGGUUUACUCACGGCCAGCCAAACCAAGUAACUUGACUAUUAACUGUUUGUUUUUCUGCCUUAAUGGAGGACUUUAGGGACCCUAGCCCUCAGACCUUAGACCCCUUUCCAGCACUGCACCACACGGUGGACUUACUCACCAGAGCUGGUGCUCUGGAGACUUGACAGCCACAGUUACAUUUAGGUAUGUAGAUGUAUAUUUGUGUGUGGGUGUAAUAUAUACAUAUAUUUUUGUAUUAUUUCUAUCAUAUGUGUGAGUAUGUAUCUAUGCUG